GAUCUCUUGAUCCCUGGGCCCUGCGCAUCUGAGCCGGCUGGGCGCUGGAAUAAAGAGGAGGAAUGGGCGAUGGGCAUGGUAUACCUGGGAGGGCGCGGCUGGCGCAUGGCCCAUACCCUCCAGACGGGAGCUUGAUGCUGCACAGGCAAGGGCUAGUGUCGGCCCCACCCGAGCUGAUCGCGACUGCCCAUCGAGGCAUCCAACACAUCCCCGUUCAGGCACCAGGUACGCGCCCCCUCGGCCGUAAGGAUAACAUCCAUGAUAACAUCCCAUGCUCGCCCAAGGGGAUCUCAAGGGGAAAAAGGGGAAAAGGAGAAAAAGGAGAAAAACAGUGGGCCGUGGGGCAGGAACGUUGCACGAGAUAGGGUAAAAACCGCGCUAUCUUAGCGUCCCUGCGCAAUAAACUCAAUCAAGCUGCAAGCUGCAAGCUCUGCAAGCGGACAUGCCGCGUUACCUCACUGCCGGGUUCACUCAACGUCCACCACACCACAUCGAGAACGUAUGCCACACUUUGU